UACUUUAGGACUUCUCACUUCAUUUCUUCCUACGCAUUACCUUGGUAUAGAUCCAGGUCAGUGGUUUUACCAUGGAGUUGGGGAAAGUUCAUCUGAAUCUGAAGACAGCACUGCUGACGAUGAUGAUGUUUAAAUGGGGAAUCCUCUGCACAGCCACUUCAGACAAAUGUUUGUCUGCUCCCUGCCAGAAUGGAGCUACUUGUGUGGACACCAUGGACGACUAUGCCUGUAUUUGUGCCAAAGACGGGGUCCGAUACAUGGGCAAAAACUGUGAUGAACUCUAUGAUGCCUGCUCUUUUGCUCCAUGUGAAGACUGCACUAGCACCCCUGGCACCACAGAAUACUACUGCAUCUGCCCAGAUGGACUUACAGGUGAUAACUGCACAGAGGAGGUUGACGAGUGUCAGAGCAACCCGUGCUCUGAGCCCCGCUCCCUGUGUGUGGACCAGCUGAACGGAUACUUCUGCAGAUGUCCUGCUGGGUAUGGUGGCUGGGACUGCAGGACACAUGUGACUGACUGCAUCGAUGAACCCUGCAGGAACAAUGGGACUUGUUUAUUACGACCAGAGGGCUUUGAAUGCCACUGUGCAGCGGGGUUCGAGGGGAAGACGUGCCAGGAAGAUGUGAAUGAGUGUUCAUCAGAGCCCUGUCAGAACGGAGCCAUCUGUAUAGACGGAGUGGCAGAGUUCCACUGCUUCUGUGUGCCUGGCUUCCAGGGUUAUAACUGUGAAAUCGACAUUAAUGAGUGUGCAUCAAGACCCUGUGAGAACAAUGCCACCUGCAUCAAUGAAAAGGACCACUAUGAGUGUGAGUGCCCGGUGGGCUUUGCAGGAGUCAACUGUGAAGUUGAAAUAGACGAGUGUGAGUCCAGCCCUUGCUACAAUGGAGCCACCUGCCAAGACCUGAUCGGCAUGUACUCCUGUGAGUGUCUGCCAGGGUUUGACGGCAUUAAAUGUGAGGUUGAUGUUGAUGAGUGUGCCAGUGAGCCCUGCCAGAAUGGAGCUGUCUGUCAUGACAUGGUGAACAGCUAUGAAUGUGACUGUGCUGAGACAGGAUUCCAGGGUGACUACUGUGAAGUGGACAUCCCUGAGUGUGCCUCUGACCCCUGUCAGCAUGGUGCCUCAUGUUUGGAGGGAGUCAAAGGAUACACCUGUCUGUGCUGGCCAGGUUAUGAAGGACCAAACUGUGAGGUUGACAUCGAUGAGUGUGCUGAGCAGCCCUGUGAGAACGAUGGGGAGUGUUUCGAGCGUUCGGAUCCUUCUCACUGGGAGCUGGACUGGGAGCUCAGUUUUGCAGAUGCAGCAGGAUAUAUCUGCCAAUGUCAGCCAGGGUUUGCCGGAGAGAACUGCUCUGUCAACAUUGAUGAGUGUGAGUCUGAACCCUGCCAGAAUGGAGGCACUUGUGACGAUAAGAUUAAUGGCUACACCUGUGCAUGCCCUCUCGGAUUUCUAGGUCAGCUGUGUGAAGUGGACGUUGAUGAAUGUGAGAGCCAGCCCUGUCAGAAUGGCGGCUGGUGUGAGGACGGCAGGGCUUCCUACACCUGCCACUGCCCUGAGGUGGAGCCAGGAGAACUUCCUUGGGGAGGUGAUCACUGUGAUGUGAAACUGUACGGCUGUGUGAACCAUGAAUGUCAGAACGGAGCCACCUGUCACCCGUGGCUGGAGGAUGGAGAACACGGACACACGUGUUUAUGCCCUCAUGGCUUCUAUGAUGAGCAGUGCUCCACGAGAACAACGUUCUCCUUCUCUACUUCUGGAUUCAUCCACAUCCAGGUUGUCCUAGAAGAAAGGAGCCGGAGGGAGGUUCAGCACCAGGUUCACCACGAUAUUGAGGUACAGCUACGCUUUCGGACAACCAUACCCAAUAUGUUGCUGUUCUACAGAGGAGAUGUGGACAAUCAUCUCAUCUUGGAGAUUGUGAAUGGAGGUCUUCAAGCAAAAGCCUAUUCUGAGGAGUCUGAACUGGAUGUAACAUUUCCUGGUUUGGUUAGUGAUGGAGACUGGCGGGAUGCUCAUGUGUCUAUGAAUAAUGAAGGCCUGGUUUUGAUUCUGAAAGGCCGUGGCUGUGACAAGGACGGGUGCAGAGUUACAGAUGGUGGUGCUGAUGAACCACCUUUCAGGCCCUCUGAAGCAUUCACUCAGGUUUAUGUAGGUGGAGCACCAACAGAGCUGUUGGAGAACUCUGUGAGUGGUGCAGGCUUCAUUGGAUGUAUGGAAGACCUGAUGAUCGACUCUAAGCCUAUCUUACCGCAAUCACUUCCAGAAGACCAAGGCCAUGAGCUGGGCUGCAGUAAGACUGAGUGGUGUAAGCCUGACCCCUGCUAUGGACAUGGACGCUGUGUGGACCUGUGGACCAGCUACCAGUGUGACUGCUACCGUCCCUUCCAUAGUGAGAGCUGCUCUGAAGAAUUCCCUUCAUGGACAUAUAGCCAUGAGGACACAGUCAGUUUCAGUGUCUACGAUGUAGAUAAAAGCCACAAGAGCAACUUCAGUGUGUCCUUUUUCGUGAGGUCAUUAAAGCCAGAUGGGCUGCUGUUUCAGCUGAGGAGGCCCACAGAGGAAAAGGGCGGAGAGGUUUACUUCUCCAUCUACUUGGGCAUGGGGAGGGUUUUUGUCAGCUCUCUGCCUUACAGUGGCCCACUGACAGCUCCAAUAUUUGUGACUUCUGGUGAGAAGCAACUUCUACAGGUAGAAGUCAACCACAGACAGGUGAUUUUUGAACAUGCAGGCCUUCGCUAUGGAAUAGGAGAGAUCCCUGAAGUGAACAUUAACAUUGGGGAUCAGGCCUAUGUAGGGGGGCUUCCAGGAGACUGGGACUCAGACAUGUGGGGGGGACAUUACAAAGGCUGCCUGCAGGACCUUCGUUUAGACUCAGUGCAUCUAGAUGUGGAUUCCUGGAACGGCUCGGACGAGGAGGAGGUGUAUUUAUCAAGUGAUGCUGAAAAUGUAAAGAUGGGCUGCGUCAGUGAUGAUACUUGCAAGAUGAAGCCUUGUCAAAAUGGAGGAGAAUGCACCAUCACAUUCAACGAUUUUACAUGUUUGUGUCUGGAGGAAUACACCGGAAAGACCUGCGAAAGACGUGUGUGGUGUGUUAGUGAUCCUUGUUUCAAUGGCAGCCGUUGUGUGGACCUUCCUGAUGGAUAUGAAUGUGUGUAUAAUGCCACGUUUGAGAACAACCCAGUGCACUACAGUGCUGGAGGCUCCCUGGCUGAACCUGUGUCUAACAUAUACAUGGAGCUGCGGACUCGCUCAGAGAAUGCUGUGCUCCUGAGGGCCUCCUCAGGAUCUGACCUGCUGAUGGUGGGUCUGCUGGACUCUUCGGUCCGGGUGGAGAUCCACAUCGGCAACAGUGUUGAGUCGCUGACCUUUACGGGAGUUCGCAGGGUGGCUGAUGGGAGCUGGCAUCGUGUGAACAUCUCAAUGGCUGACAACGAGCGCAAAGUCUCCCCCUGGGUCAUCACUGUGGAUGGAAUCACAGACGCCAGCAGCGUGCCGGAGCGCACAGGAAGCAUUCACUUUCUCAAUGAGAAGGGCAGCAUGCUGGCUAUUGCAGAGAGCUUCACUGGGUGCUUGGGUGCAGUGAGGGUCGGUGGCGUCUACCUUCCUUUUGUGGAUGACUACAAUGCCCCUCAGCUGUCUCAGUUCCACUUGGUUGGAAAACCAAAAAUUAGUCUGGGUUGUACCAGUGCCCCCGUUUGUAGGUCAGAUCCUUGUAUAAAUGGAGCCACUUGUGAAGACCUCUUUAAUAAAUUUGGCUGUAUGUGUGACUUGGGCUGGGAGGGAGAAAUAUGUGAGACAGACACUGAUGACUGUGCGUCUCAGCCCUGUGUUCAUGGAAGCUGUAGGGACUACUUAGCCGGUUUUGAGUGCAAUUGCCACUCUGGAUAUGGUGGAACUCUCUGUGAUGAGGAUCUUGACGAGUGUGAGCAUCAUAUGUGUGAACAUGGAGGCACCUGCCAGGAUGGACCCAACAUGUACACCUGUGUGUGCCCCAAGGACUACAGUGGUCCUCUCUGCCAGUGGGACUAUCCCCCGAUACAGUGUGGUGAAGAUGUCCAGUGUGAAAAUGAUGGGAUCUGCAAUGAUGGGUUGUGGGGAGCUAACUGUACAUGUAUGCCAGGUUUUACAGGCAACAGAUGUGAAAUGGAGAUUAAUGAGUGUGAGUCGAACCCUUGUCGAAAUGGUGGUUCCUGUUUGGAUCGAUUCAACAUGUUUGUGUGUGAAUGCCCGCCUGGCUACAGUGGAGCAAUCUGUGACACUAACAAACAAGCCCAUAAACAAGGGAUCCCCUGGCUGGUGGUUGCUAUCCCACUGCUCUGCUUCUGCGCCUUACUACUGAUCAUCGGCAUGACCUUCAUGCUGCUAACGGCCAGGAAGAAGCGCCAGUCAGAGGGCGCUUACAGCCCCAGUGCUCAGGAGGUGGCUGGAGCUCGGCUCGAGAUGGACAGCAUGCUCAAAGUCCCACCAGAAGAAAGACUCAUCUGACACAAACGCUGAGCAAUAAAGGGUGUUAGAGGGGAUCUGAGCACUGCAGGCAGGUGCAUAUGACUCACUGUAAAACUUUAAGAUCCUCUGGACUGAUACUACAUACAGUGGCAAGAAAUAGUAUGUGAACCCUUUGAAAUUUCAGAGUUUUUUCUGCAUUAAUUUGUCAUAAAAUUUGAUCUAAUCUGCAUCUGAUGCCCAACUAUAGA